CUGAUAAGUUACGCUGACAUUUACCGUCUGUCAAUAAAAUGAAGAAAAACAUUAUUAUGAACGCAUAUGACCAAGCUUUAGCAAGUUGAGUACGAUUCCGAACAGAAACUAAUUCUUAGGAUUACUAACCAUUCACAGGUCUGUCUUAAUUGACUUUGGAGUUCCAUGGAAGGAACGACCUCAACUGGCCUUCAUUGAUUUUCCGCUGACCAUAUGUAAAUCCGGCGUGACUCAUUAGCGUCUAAUCGCAAUAGUAGAAUGCGCGUACGCCGAGCAAAGACUAUAAAACCUCUUGACGGCGCAUCCAGUGCUUUGACGUUCGAAAACUAUUAGUAUUUUGUCGCCUAUAUAAGCUAUCUGUAUGAGUGACCAUUUUAGUUUGUGUCCAAGUGUUAGACCUGUGCGCACGCUAAAUUAUCGUAAAUUGUUAAAAUUAUUUUGCAAUUAAAACGCAUUAAAAUGCCUUCUUGUGCGGUGAAGUGGUGUGGGAAACAUUCCAAGACAUCGAGUUACAAAAAGGAUGGUAUAACUUUUCACCGGUUUCCGAAGAUUCCGGAACUAAAAGAAAAGUGGAUGAAUAAAAUUAAUAGGGAAAAUUGGUUCCCAACGAAAUACAGUGCUGUCUGUUCAAGGCACUUCACACCUGAUUGUUUUGAGUAUUUAAAACAACGUCGCCGUUUAUUUAGUUCAGCAAUACCAACAAUGUUUCUACCAAUUUUGGCUUCACCUUAUAGUUUGACUGAGUCUAAUACUAACGUACCUGGGCCUUCGCAUCACAAUACCGGCCAAAGUUCAACAAUGAAUACCAAAGUAAUAGUAGACCCAGAAAUUGGUGAGCUCAGUCCACGAAAACGCAAAAUGAAACGACAAAUAGACCAUCUAAUAUAUUCUCUAAAUAACAAGAAAAAACAUGUAAAGAGGCUUCAAGACAAAAAUAGAGUGUUGGUAAAAAAAAUGCGAAUCUAAAAGAAAUUUUAAAUACAUUGUCUCAAAAAUCUUAUAUAACCGAAGAAAAUGAAAAUAUUUUAUCCUGCAUAGGUGUACAAAAUCGAGAACUAGUUAAACGUCAAAUACUUAAAUCUAAAACAGGACAUAUGCCAAAACUAAAAUACUCUCCAGAAUUACGAGCGUUCGCUUUGACACUGCAUUUCUAUUCGCCAAAGGCAUAUAAUUUUGUAAGAAAAACAUUUAGUACAUGUUUACCAGCCACGAGCACGCUCAGAAAGUGGUAUCAGUCGGUUGAUGGUAAACCAGGGUUUACGAAAGAGGCGAUUGAUGCCAUUAAAAUCAAAGCGACAGAAUCAAAACAAAAAAUUUACGCUACUAUUAUAUUUGAUGAAAUGGCUAUAAGAAGCGGAGUCGAAUAUCACCCCCAAGGCCGGAGGUAUUAUGGCCACGUUAGUUUCGGUACCAGCUUGGAAACAGAUUGCCAAGAUGAAGCCAAGGAA